AUGUCGCUCCAAGGAUUAUACCAAGUGCUCCAUCGUAUUGCCGUUGGCUACCUGCCCCUCGUAGCGGCUGCCGUGGUGAUCGCCAUUGCGUAUAAGCUGAAGAAGCAGUCCGAAACAGAGCGACCUCUGAAAGGCUUCCCGCUCGUUGGCCUGGAAGAGGAGGGCCUGAGCCCAAAGGAAGCAUGGAUGAAGCAUGGCCACAGGGUGAUGGCAAAGGGUCUCGCAGCGAACAAGAGCGCCUUUCAAGUCAUGACUGGCACGGGUCCAAAGAUCAUGCUACCAAAUCGUUUCACCGAAGAGUUUCGAAAAAAUGAGAUGGCAAAUUUGAUCCAAAGCCAGACUCGCGAUAACUUUGCGGGCUGGCCUGGGUUCGACGGCAUGACAUUCCUGAGCCAGCAUGAGCGAGUCGUCGUAGACGCGGUCCGCAUCAACCUCACCCAGUCCAUGGGGGCCGUGACGGACUCCUUGGUCGACGAAGCGAGGCUAGCCACUCCGGACGUGUUCGGCAACAACAAAGAGUGGCACACAAUCUCCAUCAAGUCGUUGACGGGUCACUUCGUCUCCCGUCUCUCGUCGAGGGUUUUCCUAGGGCCAAAACUUUGCCGCGAUCCAGAGUGGCUUGCCAUCGCACAGAGCCAUACCGUCAAUCUGUUCCAAGCAUCCGUAGCCAUGCGCGAUGGCCCGAGUCUACGGCGGAUCAUCUCGGUCUGGUUCAACCCAAUGUAUAGGCAGCUUCGUAGCCAAGUCCGCGAGGCACGCAGGAUCUUGAAGCCCCUCAUCGAGAAACGCAAGACGGAAGUGCGAAAGGCGCUUGCGGCGGGAAAGAAGCCGGAGAAGGUGGCGGACUUGAUCGGAUGGAUGGUCGCCCAGGCGCGAGCAAGCGACAUUGACUAUACUGCAGGCCAACUGGGAAUGAGCGUUGUCGGGAUCCACACGACGACCGAAGCUCUCGCAGAGGCCCUCGUCGAUCUGUGCCAGCACCCAGAGCUGUUCAAGCCCCUGCGGGAGGAGAUCGUGCGAGAACUCAAGGACGAGGGCUGGACGCGCACGACGCUGCACAGGAUGAGGCUGAUGGACAGCUUCCUCAAGGAGUCGCAACGCAUGCACCCGGCUUCUGCCGCGUCGGUCAACCGAUACCUGUACGCGGACGUCCGACUUUCGGACGGUACGGUGCUCCCCAAGGGAUCUCGUGUGUGGAUCGCGGGGCGCUUCGACGACCCGGAACUGUACCCUGAACCGGAGAAGCUGGACGCGUACCGCUUCCUCAACCUGCGGUCAAAGAGCGGCAAGUCCAACACUUGGCAGCAUACCUCGAUGACACCAGAGCAUUUGGGUUUUGGCUACGGUGACCACGGGUGUCCGGGGCGGUUCUUCGCGAGUAACGAGUUGAAGAUUGCCCUCUGCUUCCUCUUGUUGCACUACGACUGGAAGCUGCCUGAUGCCCCGGAUAACCCGACCUUUAUUCAUAUCGGUAUCGGCAAUCUUUUGAGUCCGCUGUGUCGCUUGAGCUAUUGCCGGAGGACUGCAGAAAUUGAAUUGUAA